AUGUCGGUACAGAACAUCAUGGAAGCGGUCAACCACAAUAAUAACCAAGCAUCAACGACCAAACUACCACUAGAGUUCCAAGUCUCAUUCAACGACCAAACCAACAAUGACUUCAACACCCUCUUCCGCUCUCUACCCGCCCACCGCCAACAACUACUUCGCCGCCGGCGUCCCAGGAAGCUUCUACGGCCGCCUCUUCCCGACGUCCAGCCUCCAUUUCGGGUCCAUCUCGUCUUCCCUCCACUGGAUCUCCAGGGUUCCUGGAGAACUAACGGCGCCGGUCGUAGAGAUUCCAUCAAUGCACGGGACUCGAUGAAGAUGUCGCGAGGGCCUACUCGGGCCAGUUCACAAGAGACAUGGAGGCUUUCUUUGACGCCAGAGCUGAAGAACUUGUGA